GAGGACUGACUGGCUGUAGUGUUGGACGGGGGAGGCGCUUCUGUGCUCUUUAAGCUUAUGUUUUCCCAAUAGAAAAUUUCCUGUUGUCAUACGCACCAUAGAUACGCGCGCGCGCUCAUCUCCAUCACGGCGAAGUGCGUGGAGUUGUCAAAUUUUACGGAAUAUUUCCGAAAUAUCAGAUUGUUUACGUGAUAGAGAUAGCCUACAUUCUGCCAUCAAGUGAAUGUGUAACCAGUGUAUAAUUUCAGAGGACAAUGUUUUGUGUUUGAGGUGCACCCAACGGUCUGUAUGAUCUCAUCAUUCACUUUGAGAUGACCACGGAGAACUGAAAGACAUCCUGGCGCCACCUCAAGGUUUCUAUUUCUCUGUCUCCUUUCUCCGCUCCUCUAUGGGUUCCCGAAGUCAGGGGUUCUUCCACCACCAAGACCACCAUCACCACCACCAUCACCGCAGUUCAGUGGUGCCCACGGCUGUCCCCCGACUGGUGCCCGAGACCAGCAGCCUGUUGGGGGGCAUCGCCCAGAUCACUCCUUCCCUGUUCCUUGCUCGGGGGAAUGUGGCAUCCAACCGCAGCCUCCUCCUGUCCAAAGGGAUUACCUGUGUGGUGAACGCCACCAUCGAGCUGCCCAACUUCAACUGGCCGCACAUGGAGUAUGUGAAAGUGCCACUGGCCGACAUGCCUCAUUCGCCGAUCUCGCUUUAUUUUGACAGUGUGGCUGAUAAGAUCCACAGCGUGGGCCGCAAACGGGGAGCCGUCCUGGUGCACUGCGCGGCUGGGGUGAGCCGCUCCGCCUCACUCUGUUUGGCGUACCUCAUGAAGUACCACAGAGUUUCCCUGGCCGAAGCUCACGCCUGGGUCAAGGCCCGCCGACCCGUCAUUCGUCCUAAUGGAGGGUUCUGGCGACAACUCAUUGAGUACGAGAGGAAACUGUUUGGAAGGAACUCUGUGAAAAUGAUCCAGACACCAUACGGUGUCAUUCCUGACGUGUACGAGAGGGACCGCAGGAACUUGGCACCUUUCUGGGGCUUGUGAAGAGGGGUUUGGACUUUGGUUCAAGCGUAGAGGACAGGUCCGAUAACCCAUCUUUGACUCCAUUGUCUUCCGGGCUCUUUCCGUACGUCCACGUGUCCCUUCUGUCAGAGUAUAAAGCGAGACGGUAGUGCUUAU